UAGGUCAGGACACUCUUAGAUAAAGCUCAUGCUGUUUCAAAACUCUGGGAUGAUGCGCCUGUUGUUCUUUGUGGGGAUUUCAAUUGUACACCAAAGAGUCAUUUGCACAACUUCAUUUCAGACCGGAAGUUGGAUUUGUCUGGUUUGGCCAGAGACAAAGUUUCGGGGCAAGGUUCUGGUGAGUUUCGUCCACCAAGGCCAGAAAAUUAUACGACGAGGUUUCAGUCCACCAAUAAAUCUCCACAAAGUCAAGUUCAACCACCAGAUUCGAUCACUAAUGCUCAUAUAGAGAAUAACUCCAACAUAGAUGCCCCCUCCGAAAAGACAUCUGACCUUCCAUGUGGUGAUACAAUUCUUGCUGGUCACAAAGCCACCUCCAGCUCAGACCAAGUAUUACCAGGCGAGAGUAUGGCCGCAGAUUGUAAUUUUGGAAUAGAAAACAGAAAACCUGAUGUCUCCGGGAAUCUCUCGAUAUCUGAAGAUCUUUCUUCAGUAACCAUAUCAGAUACGGAACCUCCACAUGCUUCCAGUGCUAGAGAAGAUUUGAAUACAGAUCAUUCUGCUAUGACGAAAAGAAUUGGAAAGGGCAUGUAUGAAUGGGCAGCCAAAGUCGAUGAGUAUGCACGUGGAAUGGUUGGACCAACAGGAUCAACUCUCUUUGAAGAACUUGGUUUGUACUACAUUGGUCCUGUUGAUGGACACAACAUUGAAGAUCUAGUUUGUGUUCUCCGAGAAGUAUCUUCUCUAGAUUCAAUGGGUCCUGUGUUGGUCCACGUGAUCACUGAGGAAAACCGAGAUGCAGAAAUCGGAAAGAAGAUCAUGGUCAAAGACAGACGCACUUACUGUCAUUGCUUUGUUGAGGCUUUAGUGAUGGAGGCAGAAAAGGAUAGAGAUAUUGUUGUGGUUCAUGCAGGGAUGGAGAUUGAUGCAUCACUUGUUACAUUUCAGGAGAGAUUUCCAGACAGGUUUUUCAAUGUCGGAAUGGCUGAACAGCACGCUGUCACAUUCGCCGCUGGUCUUUCUUCAGGAGGUCUGAAGCCCUUUUACAUUAUGACCAGGUGGUCCAUGAUGUAGAUAGGCAGAGAAAGGCGGUGCGAUUUGUUAUUACAAGCGCAGGGCUUGUUGGAUCCGGUGGUCCAGUGCAGUGUGGAGCUUUUGAUAUAGCUUAUAUGUCAUCCUUACCAAACAUGACAUAUAAUGGUGGAUGCUGUAACAUUGUAGUGGUUGUUAACAUUUAUUAUGCUUCUCUUUUGCCAGACUUCAGGACACAAAUGGUGGAUGCUGUAAAAUCUUUUGCGACAUCAACUCAUAACGGUGUGUUCAUAAACUCAUGCUUCGCACACUGCCAAUCCGAAAGACAGGACACUUGGUAUGCACCAGAUUCUCCUACUGUUCAUGGCAAGACCGUUGCUAAAUCUGUCGGUGAUUGUUACCAUGUCAAGAUGCUGAAUACUCAGUGUUGCCUAACUAACGCAACUCCAGCUUUGAUCCCGAGCAAUGUGAAGCAGGUUUGUUCUGGAAA